AUGAUUCCAAAUGAUGGCAUGGCAGAAGCAAAAUUUGAUGCUUCAAAUUUUUCCUCCUUACUACCAAAUCUCGUUCAAACUUCAGAAUUAUCAACAGCAGUUUCCUGUCAUCAUUAUUCGGAAUGGAUGGGUCAAUCCGGUGUUAGCUUAUAUCCAACUUGCUCAACAGCACUUCCAACACCACAAUAUUACUAUGCUGGAGUACCAUCACAAGCUUAUCUUAUGCAACAACCAUUGGGUAACGAAUUAAUGCCAUCAAAUGCUAUACAAACAUACAAUACUGUCACUGCAACAACACAAUUAUCCAACAAUUAUGAUCCAUUUCGAAUGAAUGCAAAUUAUGAUCCACUUUCAUCCUAUCAUCAUUUACCACCACAACGAACUGGCAUAGAUGGAAAUCUUUGCGUUUUUCCUUCUCAAACGCUAAAUGGUACAAUUGCGCACACUGCAAUACAGCCAACAACGACAUCUGCGCAAUGUCAACAAUGUGGCAUUUACAGUUCGGAUAUUGCGUGCAGCGGUACGUCAGUAAUUUGCGCCAAAUGCGCAUCCGAUCUUAUGAUGCAUUACAGUGCUAGUCGAUCGGAUAUGUCACAACAUAUCGUUUCAUAUUCGCCAUUUCUGAGUACAUCUUGCGGAGUUGUCGAGAAUAGCGAACAAGCAUUGGUCAGUGGACAACAGCAAUCUGCUCGGAGUAAUUUCACCGCUAAUCGUAGUCGUCAACAACAAAGAAAAAAUCAAUCUCAGCAUAAUUCACAACGAAGGCAAGGCUUAGUUUGUGCAAACUGUCGUGGUACCAAUACAACAUUAUGGAGACGUGAUGCUGAUGGACGUCCGGUAUGCAAUGCUUGUGGAUUAUACUAUAAACUUCAUCAAGUGCAACGUCCAAUAUCAAUGAAAAAAGACGGAACAUUGCAAACGCGGAAGCGGAAGCAAAAAUCUGACGGUAAUGGUAUUUUACGACAACCUGCGGCAUCAAAAAAAUUUGUCAAUCAUCAUAGCAGAGAUAGUCGCACAUAUCAAAAUUCUCAUUCCGCAAAUAGUUCAUUUGAUUCAACCGUUGAAACAGCAGCUAACGAUCAGGUUCAUCCCUAUAAUGUUAUUUCAUCGGUGGGUUCAGUGAAUGAUGAUCAAUUGUAUUCAUGGAAUACCGGAACUCAGUAUGAUACAGCUCAGGAAAUUCUUCUUCCCGGUUUGAAUACGAGUAAUGUUUUGUCACAGCCAAUAUUUUCAACUAAUCAUUAUGAAACUACAUCACACACGGAAAUGAUUACAACUGUUGGCAUACCAACUGAGGUAAUUCGAAGAAGUGAGGAAGAAGAAACAACAGCAGCGGUACAUUCAUUGCAAGCGCUCAAAGAAGAAUGUUUGGAGGGAAACAUUUUAGAUGAUAAAAAAUUCAGCUAA